AUGUCUUCGGAUACACGAAUACCAAAUGAAGAAGACGCGUCCCCAACCGCUGGUCUUCUGUCCAAAUCUAACUCGUCUCAAUCUUCUCACGCUCGUCUCCGCCUCUCCCUCUCGUUCUGGCUCUUUGGACUCAUCAACAAUGUUCUUUAUGUCAUCAUCCUGUCCGCCGCGCUGGAUCUCGUCCCCCCCAGCACCCCAAAGGGCAUCAUCGCAUUCGCCAACAUAGCCCCAGCGAUGGUGAGCAAGGUCGUAUGGCCUUAUGCGCUUAAAGGGAAGAUAAGAUACGCUCAGAGAGUGUGGGGCUGCACUCUACUCAGUGUCGGUGGAAUGAUCAUCGUUGCCGCUGGGGAAUCCUUGACAAUGCGCCUCAUAGGAAUCGCCAUAGCCUCCUUUUCUUCUGGGUUGGGCGAGCUCACCUGGCUACAACUGAGCACAUCAUACAACUCCUCCGGGGAAGACCGCCGUGGCUUGGGAUAUUUUGCCAGCGGCACCGGCGCUGCCGGACUGGUCGGUGCCGGAUUGUGGUGGAUGCUCAGAGCACUAGGAGUCCGAGAGGGCGUAGGGAUAUCUUCUGUGCUCCCAUUCGUGAUUCCUCUCGCGUAUCACCUCCUGCUCCCAAAGCCAGCUGCCCUCGCCUCACUAUCGUCAUCGGAGAACACCUCCAAUACGUAUGCCUCACUCCCGACAGAAGAUGCCGAGGACGUUGGAAUAGAGGCGGAUGCGCUGGAGAGCAAGGUCAUCAGUUCUGCUCUGACUGGGCGGGACAAGUGGGUCUUGGUCAAGCCGUUGAUGCUGCGGUACAUCCUACCCCUUUUCUGUGUCUACACAUUUGAAUAUACGAUCAAUCAAGGGAUUGGACCGACGCUUGUAUAUCCCGUGCCAUCUCCCCUUGAGCAUCCCUUCCUUGCUCAGCUCAUUACCUCAGUGAGAGAUUAUUAUCCUCUGUGGCAGCUGGUAUACCAAAGCUUCGUUUUCUUCUCCCGCUCUUCUCUCUCCCUUGGCCUACCCCCCCUGCCUUACGUCUACCUUCCCCUCCCCUCCUUCCUCCAGUUCCUCAUCCUGCUCACCCUAGCCUAUGAAGCCUACCACGGCAUCCUCUCCUCCUCCCCCGACUCGGACUCCGGAGUCCUGCUCGUCUUUGUGCUCAUAGCGUGCGAGGGCAUCUGCGGUGGGCUGGCAUACGUUAACGCCUUUUACCACGUCUCCCAGGAGACCGCAUCUCCCUCGGAAAGCCCAGACCCAGAGCGGAGCAAACAGGAACGUGAAUUCCGCAUUGGCAGCAUCGGCUUCGGUGACACGAGCGGAAUUCUUCUAGCGAGCUUGAUCGCUAUGCCGACUGAGGUCGCACUGUGUAACGCUCAGGCAAAGAGGGGGAAGAUGAUUUGCAAGACGUUGUAA